GUGCACAAGAACCAAAAAGGGGGAAUAGAGAAAAAGCCACCGGUUUUACUUUUCGAUCUCAAAAACCAGAGCGCACAAACUCAGCGUUCGGCGUUUCUAGAUUCUGGUAUCUUACUUUGACGACCGUCUCGUGGACUUUUUUGCCGUUUGGUCAAACUCCGUUUCGCCUUCAAAUAUGGCAUUCGGUUCUUCUUCUUCUUCGACCACUCAGAACACCUUUACCAUUUGAUGGACUCCGCUCAUGCUCGUCCAAUUCCUUCUCCUUUAAACCUUUGCUCCCUUGAUUCUUCUAAAAGUUCUUCGAGUUCCAAAAACCGCUCCGUGAGUGUCGUCUCGGGUCUGAGAAACGGGUAUUCGCCGGUCGUGAUGGAAGCCUCCAACGGUUGUAAGAAGAAGGUCGUGACCGGUUCGGCCGGUUAUGUUCUCGAAGACGUUCCUCAUUUGUCUGAUUAUAUUCCUGAUCUCCAUACCUAUACGAAUCCUUUGCAAGACAAUCCUGCAUACUCGGUUGUUAAGCAGUAUUUUGUCAAUGUGGACGACACUGUUGCUCAGCGGAUUGUAGUUCACAAAGAUAGUCCAAGAGGUAUACAUUUUCGACGUGCUGGACCCCGUCAAAGGGUGUAUUUUGAGCCAGAUGAUGUUCUUGCUUGUAUUGUGACAUGUGGGGGUCUUUGUCCUGGACUCAACACAGUGAUCAGGGAGAUUGUAUGUGGCUUGUACCAUAUGUAUGGCGUAAAGAAAGUUCUGGGAAUUGAAGGAGGAUACAGGGGUUUCUAUGCUAAAAAUACAAUUACUUUAACACCUAAGGUUGUGAAUGAUAUCCAUAAACGUGGUGGAACCAUCAUUGGGUCCUCACGAGGUGGCCAUGAUACCUCAAAGAUAGUUGACAGCAUUCAAGAUCGGGGAAUAAACCAGGUUUAUAUUAUUGGAGGAGAUGGAACUCAAAGAGGGGCCUCUGUCAUAUUCGAGGAAAUCAGAAGGCGUGGUCUCCAAGUUGCAGUCGCUGGAAUCCCCAAAACCAUUGAUAACGACAUUCCAGUUAUUGACAAGUCCUUCGGCUUUGACACCGCUGUUGAGGAGGCUCAGCGUGCUAUUAAUGCAGCACAUGUUGAAGCUGGAAGUUUUGAGAAUGGUAUUGGGGUUGUGAAGUUGAUGGGUCGCUACAGUGGGUUUAUUGCGAUGUAUGCUACUCUUGCUAGCCGAGAUGUGGACUGUUGCUUGAUUCCUGAGUCACCCUUUUAUCUUGAAGGUCCAGGUGGACUUUUCGAAUACAUAGAGAAACGACUCAGAGAAAAUGGGCACUUUGUUCUUGUCAUAGCUGAAGGCGCGGGACAGGAUUUACUUACUGAGAGCAUUCAUUCUAUGGAUAAGCAGGAUGCUUCAGGAAACAAGCUUCUCCCUGAUGUUGGGCUUUGGAUAUCGCAGAAAAUUAAGGAUCAUUUUUCCUCAAAUAAGAUGGUCUUGAACCUCAAAUAUAUAGAUCCUACUUAUAUGAUCCGAGCUGUUCCAAGCAAUGCCUCUGACAAUGUAUAUUGCACGCUUCUUGCUCAAAGUGCUGUUCAUGGAGCAAUGGCAGGUUAUACGGGUUUUACAGUUGGACCUGUCAAUGGAAGACAUUCUUAUAUACCCUUCGAUCGGAUUAUUGAGAGACAGAACAAUGUUGUGAUAACUGAUAGAAUGUGGGCUAGGCUUCUGUCUUCGACGAAUCAGCCGAGCUUCUUGAGCGCUAAAGAUGUUAUUGAAGACAAGAGAGAGGAAGAACCACCAACCCAGAUUUUGGACGAGGAGAAAGAUUCGGAUGACAAUGCUGUGAAGAAAGAAGUCAGCCAUAUGUAAUUCCGUGUAUGGUUACUGCCAUUGUUGUAGCCUACAGUUAAAAGAUUAGUAGCUGUUCGUGCCCACUCUUAUUCUAUUGUAAGUGAUAUUUGGCUGUUUAAUUAUGGGCCUUCCAAUUCCAUGAGAUUUGUGUGGAAAUGUUAUCCCACUUGAUCAAAAUUUAGAUAUGCUAAUAAUAUGAUUUGCUUAAACCAUUGAUUUUUAA